GGUGCACUUCGUUCGCAACAAGUUGCGGCGAGAGCGUUGUAUUCAUGCGCUUCUCCAUGAGGAUGAGGGGAGGGAAAGUCUGACAUGUCACAAGCUACAGCUAUCGGGAUUGAACGACAGCAUGGGCCUGCAGGACGGCGUGCACCCCGCGAGGAGAGGUGGGCGAGGAGUAGUCUUGGCCUGUGCCAAGACUAUCGACCAGAUGAACAUCUUAUUUUCCCUCUCGCACUGUUACUGUUACAGGAUUCCACAACCAGUGACAUGGAAUUUGGAUCGGGCUCGACCAUCCCAGAUUGGUCUAGAUGA